GCGACUUUGAGAACUGAGGGACUAUCGCUGUUGGACUCUUUUGGAAAACUUGAUUUUACUCCUUGCAAGCCUGAACCGCUCUUUUUUGUGGAAAUAAAAAGCUCUCUGCUCGAAACUGCCUGUAAAGAUGCUGCUCCUACUACUGGGAAUCAUCCUCCUGCACGUAGCUGCUCUGGUUCUCCUGUUUGUGUCAACAAUUGUCAGCGUAUGGGCAUCAAGUGAAACUGGCUCCUCAGACCUCUGGAUAAACUGCUCUACUGCCAAUGGAGGAUACCACUGUGACCCAGCAUCCACUGGAGAGUGGAUUCAGGCAGUCCAGGCACUCAUGAUCCUGUCCAUCAUCUUCAGCUGCCUGUCUCUCUUCCUCUUCUUUUGCCAGCUCUUCACUUUGCAGAAGGGUGGACGCUUCUUCCUCACUGGAACCUUCCAGAUCCUUGCCAGUUUGUUUGUGAUGAGCGGAGCCAUCAUCUAUACGGUGAUGAGUCCGGCCUGGGUGAUGGAGACAUACUCCUUUGGCUACUCCUACAUCCUGGCGUGGGUGGCCUUCCCUUUGGCGCUGAUCAGCGGACUCAUCUAUGUCAUCUUGAGAAAGCGAGAAUGAGCCAUCACUCCAUCCCAGUGUUCCCCAUAACCCCCUGCCCAACUGCAAGUGUCAUCAGUCCCCCUCUGAAGUAUAAGUUUGGAUGCCUGAGUACAAAUGGCCCAUUAAGCCACCAGGCCUAUAAACCCAGAUCACAGUGAGGGAUGUGUGUGCGCAGGGGGGGGUAUUACCAAAAAUCAACAAGCAAACCAACACAAAAUCAACCAAUACUGUCUCAGUUCAAAGAUGUAUAUAGUAUCUAUGGUUUAAAACCUAUUUAUAACACUUUUUACAUAUAUGUACAUAGUUUUUUGUGUUGCUCUGUCAACGGAUACUCGUAUGAGCUUUGUUUUAGCUGAUUAAGUGCCUCAGUGUUUGUUUGUAAUGAUGAAAUAAUUAGAAGCUAUUUUGUUGUGUUUUCUUUUGUUUUUUGCCAAAGAAUUAGUAAAAUGAAAAAAAGUAUCUUGAAGUAUAUUAACCAAAGUGCAUGUAUAAUGAUAGAACGGUUAGAAAGAUUUUUUUUUUUUGUUGAUGGGCUUGCUUUUCAAAAAGAGUGGUAACAUCCAUGGAUGUAGCAUAGCCAUCAAAUAUAGAUUUGGUCCUUUUCUAUUUGUGAAUUUGCAAGUUUGAGUGUUUUUAUUUUCAGUAUUUUUCUAUUUCUUAUUUUCAACAAAAGAUGGUGCUAUGUAUUUAUCAUUCCUCUUACUGAUAGCCAACAUUUACAACAAUUACUUUGUUAUUAUUUAGAGUCAAACAGCUUGCCAUUAAUUAAAGUGAGAAUCAGACAGAGGUACACUCGUACACACGGUGCCUGACUGCUUCUUUAGGGAACACCUAUUUCACACUGCAGUGUCUGAUUUUUUUUCCUCAUCAGCUACUGUAUAAAAUGAAUAAUUAAGUUUGGGGUGGUGCAUUGAUGAAAUCAAAAGUCAUUUGGAAUGUCAGUAUUAUUUUGCCUUUGUUAAGAGUUGGAUCACAGUUAAAUUACUUUACAUGAGCUUUAUUUUAGAUAUUUUUCCCUCAUUCUAAUGUUGACAUUCACCUUGUGUGUAUGACUGUUAAAGUCUCAAAUAAGCCAAUUUGCCUAUUGAGUAGAAUACCAUAAAAAUUAACACUGUGGGGCAUUAUAGCCUAAGAAAAAAGUUUAACACUACUAGAAACAAAUGCCAACAAAUGAGUUGAAGCCAUAUAAGAAAAUACUAGAGGAUAGGGGAAAAAUAUUUAGUAUUAACUCAAUAUGUGAGAGAUGACAGAGAGGUUUGCAGUGAUGAUACAAAUGUCUGUUUCACAUACUUGAAGUUUGACAUGCUGCAGUCUCUGCCCACUGACGUCUAGAUGUUUUUCUCCUGUACUGUAUAAAACACUGUUUAUAUGUUGUGCAUAACAUUUGUCAAUCACAAUCUAGCCUCAAACAGUCACUUACUCAAUAAAGCUACUCUCACAUAAUACAUACUGUGUAUUCCACUGUUACAAGGGAUUCGAUUAAUGCUAACACUUGAUGCAUGCAGAGUUUGAACUGACUGUUAAGCUGCCUGUCUGCAAAACGUGAAACACACAUCUCUGGGCUAUGAAAACAUCAUGUGAAAAAAAGAUAUGAAAAACAGAAAAUUCUGAACCAUUUCUAGUGAUAAAUCUGUAGCUAAGAGAUGGAUCAUAAAUAUGAGUGCAACACAACUGAGAUGCAGCAUGCAACAUGUACAUUCCUAUGUACAGUCUAGCAGAGCAGGUCUACCUUACUGUAUGUGUUCAUACUCUGGUAGAUCAAAUAAGCUGCCUUGUGCAUGUGGUUGCAAAUGCUGUUAUGUGACUUGUGUUACACACACUGGGGCAAAGGCAUGACGGUUGGCACGCAGUGCCAGACAUUCAAAACAUGCAGCUAGUAUUUCAGCGUCAACAGUGUCGCUCACAGCAUCAGAAAUCAGAGGACACGGACGUGUUUUGAACACUGUAAGCAAAUGUCUGUCCUCCACUUGACAUUUCCAGUGAGAUCCUGUAUCCUGCCAAAACAGAGCUAUGUUGUGUUGGAUUAGAGUAUUUAAUUCUCAACUUACUGUAGCCUAUACUAGCUAUUCUGUUGUGGUUUUAGCACAAUGCUCAUUAUUGGGUUCAGUUAGAAGAAAUUGCCUCUAAUGACAACUGCCCUCUUUACUGUUUUGUGUUAAGCUACAGAGUAGUCUAUGCCAUGUUUACACCUAAACUUCCAAAUGCUCUUGAUAUUACCAAAGCUACUUUGAGUUUAAUCAUUAAAGGAUGUUUCUUACCACCACGA